AUGCCUUCUCCAUUUGCACCUACCUUCGCCUCUGCUGCUGCGAGCACUAACGGGGACAGUUCGGGGAGCAGGAGGGACAACGUUGGCUCGAGUGAAUGGUCUCGAAGAAACGUGAAUGGUGCCACCCAGACCUUCCGCAGACCCUCUUUAGCCACCACGCCUUCACAGACACGAGAAACCGGAACUGCCAGUGCCUCAGCUACCACCACCGGCGGCGUGUACAUCCCUCCCCAUCUCAGCGCCGCGAACUCCACCACGUCGCGCAACCCUCCUUCAGGCGAUAUGCGGUAUUCCAAAGACCAGCUCCUGAACAUAUUCCAAACUUUAAAAGAGACGUCGGCUCUAGACAGGAACUUGGAAGAUAUCUUCGCCGGAACUUGGGACCCUCUCGACAGCAAAACGGGGCUACGGGACCAAGGUGCCGCCGGUGACGGGAAAGAUCAGACGCCUGGACCAGAAGUCUGUUGGAAUUACGGCGUAAAUCCAGAACCGUUCGGCCUGACAAACUUAACCGAGGAGGAGAAGCAGCUCUUCUCAUCGUCGGUCAACUCGCCCAUCAAACCACAGCAGAAUAUCACCAAGGAGUCUACUGGGGUCGGGGUUAUUGGUCGCAAAGCGUCCUUAUCGACAUAUAGUAACACCCCAGGAGCUUCAAGACCUGGCACUCGUCGGCGCGAGACGAGCGACUCAUUCAUGGGCAACGGCCCCCUCUCGCCUGUGGAGGGAAAGACGUUCUUCCGAACCGAGUCAAAUACUGCAACGCCUCCGCCUGCCCUCUUACGGCGUCGAACAGACUACAAGGAAGAGGAAACCACGCCGACGAGCAAAGAAAAUCAAGAGCCGGAGGAAACACCCGAACUCCAGCCUCCAUUGCCUGGGCUGCGAAGAGCUGCAACCGGUCCAUUGAGCGCAGGAGGAAACCCGCUCUCUGCCUCGCCCUGGUCAGCGGGCGGGCAGGGGUCAGCUUUUGGUUCCAUGGGUACCUUUGGCAGCUUCGCCAUCGGGGCUACCGGGGCGCCGUCCGAGUCGAGCGACAAGAGACCCGGUUUCGGCAGUGCUCGCGGUUCCAGUCGAUUCAAGGAUAUCCUCCAGUCCAAGGCAAGCUCGGAAGAUGUCUCCCAGCUCGCCAAAGACAAAGGAUUGUUUGGUGCCCUUGAAAACCUCCCCGAGGAGGACGUCGGUCCCAGGCAAGCCAGGUUGCGCGACGAGCUGAAAACUCGCCCAGGUCGUAGUGAGACUAAUCCGUACGAGGAUGAUCCUAUGCGGACAGGAAGUGCAGCCCUUGGUGGCUCUCAAGAUCCCGGUCCAGCCGCUCCCGGCAUCGAGCAGAUGGGCAUGUCUGCAUUUGGACCCCAUCAAUCCAUUGGGACCCGCGAUUUCAGCCAUGAUGAUCCAUAUCAGCAAACUCCAUACGGACGAGCACACAAUUCACAUGAGCCGAUGAGCCCGACAAAUACUAACCCAUAUCAGAGCCCCCAUGGCCGUAUCGAAGACGAACAAGAUACGAAUGAUUCUGCAUCUCAAGCUUCAGGUCUUCCCCACUUUGGUGGUGCUGCACCACGUCGCAAUAUGUAUCCCAGCACCGAGGAAGGGAGACACUCAGCGAGUGGCCUUCGUAGCGUCAGUGGCUUUGGUGGUCUACCUGGCUUUGGUGGUCUCGGAGGCAAUCCGAUGUGGUCUGCGGCCGGCAUUGGGUCUGGCAAGCCUGCCAUGGACCGUGGUAUCACGUCUGCAUUUGGUGAUCCGGUAUUCGGUCCUUUGUCUGAGUUACAGUCUCCCGGUGGUCUAGGGGGCGGCUUCGGCGGCUUCGGCUCUGCCGGUCGCUCGAGUCGACUCGGAGCCAUGUUGCCGGCGGCCAUGCAAGAACACGUCCGUGGGGAUAGCAGGAACGAGGCGCGAUCUUUUGACUCUCGACCCGAAAGCGCCCAGCAGCAUCCUAUGCGCGAUCCCUUUGAUGUUGCCUCUCGUCGACACGACGACUUCCCUCGUGGAUCCGGUGUCUUCGAUGACUCCCCCUCAAUGAGGAGCGUGGAGGAGCCGGGAAAUGGGCAGUACGGUCUUCCAGGCUCAGGACCGCCAACCAGCUCAGUUGCCAUUUCUGGUGCAGGUCCACAAACGGCAGGACCGAGAGCAGGCGGGUCGGACAACUACCAAUCCGGCCAUGGUCUCAGUCAAUCGAGCGGUAGCAGUUCCUCGAAUCAGUUGCCGGCAGCACAGCAGCGACAAAUGGUCAUGCCCGACCGUAUGCGUUGGAUCUAUCGGGACCCUCAGGGCAAUACGCAAGGGCCAUGGUCAGGUCUUGAGAUGCACGACUGGUUUAAAGCCGGCUUCUUCACUGCCGAACUGCAGGUGAAGAAGCUUGAAGAUGCUGAAUUCGAGCCGCUCGCUCAGCUUGUGAGACGUAUCGGAAAUUCUCGCGAGCCCUUCCUGGUGCCUCAAAUCGGUGUUCCGCACGGUCCGCCAACCUCUGGUCCAGGAAACACCUGGGCAAACCCAGCCAUACCACCGACUAGCGGAACUACUCAGCCUCCCUUCGCGAAUAGCUUUCCGAGUUUUGGCACUACCUUGACCGCUGAACAGCAGAAUGCCCUGGAGCGACGCAAGCAAGAAGAGCAAUACCUGAUGGCGAGACAGAAGGAACACCUUGCGCAACAGCAAAUGGCUAUGAAGAUGCAGAUGCAAAAUGGCAUGCAUUCUUUGCAGCACCAUUCAAGCGCCCACUCUCUUCAGAGCCAGCCCAGCUUCGGCAGCAUCACCUCCCCUACAGGUUACCAACCGUCCCCUAUCCAACCGAUGAUGCAACCCCAACAGCCGGCGCCCUUUACCCAACACGCUGGCCCUGUUGGGGGACCAGCUUUCGGUCGCGAAGACGACGUCCAGAAUAUGAUGGAACGCCUGAGUUUCAGCCAACGUGCGGGACUGCCAUUUGCCAGUGCCCCUUUAGGUCCACCCCCGACAGAGGCGGGACCUUCUUCCCAACCAGUCAAUACCAUGCUUCAAGAUAGGGCCCGACUGCAGCAGCAACAGCAACAAGCCGAUAUGCGAGGACAUCAAGAGGCUUUUUUAGGCCCACAGGGUCGCAACGAGCGACUGGAGGAGUUCCGCAGCCUACGUGGACAAGCAGACAUCCCGGCCGGUCGUCUCGGCCCUGACGAGCCUCGACAGCAACCCAUUGGUGCUCCACGUCCGGCAAACGAGCAGCCUAUCCCAUUGCCAUCGGCCAAGCUUCCUGCACCUAUCGGACAUCCACCUGCUAUUGCUAAGCCAGAACCUGAGUCGCUUUCAUUAGCUCAGCAAGUACAGAUUGCCGCUGCCAGUCAGCAGGCAGCGGCGGCCGAGGAAAGCGAAUGGGCGAAGAAAGAUACUCCGAUUGAACACCCGCCUGUCUCGAUCUCCCCAUUGCCUGCCCCGGCAGCUCAGCGAAACCGACAGCACGUUGCUGACGCUCUAGCCGCCGAGUCAAGGUCGGCUACUCAGACGCCCAUCGAGACUCCUGUUGCGUCCGUCGCUCCCUGGGCUGAGCGGACCGUGGAGCACCCAAAAGGCCCAUCUCUGAAAGAGAUUCAAGAAGCCGAAGCCAAGAAUGCCGCAGUACAGGAGGAGGUCGCUAGGCGUGCUCAGGCAGAGCAAGAAAGGCUAGCCCUGGCCCAGAGUCAAGCUCCGGUUCCUGCGCCAGGUCUGCCAUCAACAUCGACUUGGGGCAGUGCAGCCUCUCCCGGGACACCUGGCUCCCAGACUACGUCCGUCUGGUCUAAGCAAACACCUGCGAAAGUUGGAGCUGGAGCAGGUACGGCUCCCAAAAAAACUCUCGCGCAGAUCCAGAAAGAGGAAGAAAGUCGCAAACAACGCGCCGCGGCGGCUCAAGUCGUAGCUAAUGCGCAGAACGCUGCCAAUUCUGCUGCAGCUGCCGUGGGCAAGAGGUACGCGGAACUGGCCAGCAAAGCUGCUCCGGCUGUCCCAACUUCGUCUGGAGGUGCGUGGACCACGGUAGGCUCUGGUGGCAAAGCCAAAGCUCCUCCCGCCGUUGUUGCCACACCCCAACCUGUGUCUCGUACCGUCUCUACCAGUAACACGCCUAAGACUCGACCGGCGGUACAGACGGCCAGAAGUACCACCCUCCCAAAUCAGAGCAAAGCGAAUGAAGAAUUCACCAAGUGGAUCAAAGGGGCGCUCGGAAAGGGGCUGAAUGCUGGGAUCAACCUUGACAAUUUUGUGCAAGACUUGCUCCAGCUCCCACCUGAGAUCGAAAUCAUAUCAGAUAGUGUCUAUGCGAGUUCACAGAUCCUCGAUGGGCGGCGCUUCGCUGAAGAGUUUGUCCGGCGCAGAAAACUUGCGGACAAGGGUGUCAUAGAGUCUGCGGCUGGUGCUCAACCGAUGAUGGGUAUCGGCGCUGGAGCAGAUACAAAGGGCGCGGGUGGUGCGGGAGGUGGCUGGUCUGAAGUGGCAAAGAAGGGCCCAGCAAAUGUCACCGCAGCGAAGGAGGAAGGCACUGCUCAGUUCAAGGUGGUGCCGACUAAGAAGAAGGGCAAACGAUGA